AUGGUAGAUUUAUCUAAUUUUCCAUAUCCAGCUUAUGAACCAAACAAAAUAGUGGCUGGUAUUCUUGCUGCUAUUAUUGGCAUUUCAUUAUUUCUAUGGAUUAUACAAUCAAUCCAAUCACAUUUUAGACCACGUCGAGUUAUUAUUCUUUUGCUCAUUUCUCAUUUAACUCUUUUUAUUGAACUUAUACUUCGUGCUACUCUUUCGCUUGAUACUCGUAAUACAAGAGCUGCUUUUACAGUAACAACAAUUCUUCUUGCCGUUGGUCAACGUAUGAUUAUUUUAGCUAAUUAUGAUUUUCUUACUCAAACUGGUACUUUGGGCUCUCGUGUUUCUCGAACUAUCACCAUAGGAUCAGGUUUAGCUAUUGUUAGUUCAGCAAUUCUCAUAGCUACCGCUGGAAUAUUGUCAUAUAAUACCGAUACAAUUGAUACAAGUUUUCAAUUACGACAAGCAUCAGCUGCAAUUGUUCUUAUUAUGACCAUUAUCUUCUAUCCUAUUUGGUUUCUAAUUAAAACAGUGAAACAUAUGACGAAACAAGCUAUUUUUGUUCUAUUUAUCUCUAGUAUUACUAGUUUAAUUGUUACUAUUUAUCUGAUGAUCAUAUCAUGUCCAUAUUAUUAUGUUAGCACAAAUCAGCAAGAAUUUUGGUUCUAUAUAUUUCACUUCACACCUAUGGCUAUUGCAUUAAUUAUAUGGACAAUCUUACAUCCGAAGCGAACUUUGAUAUUAACUACUCAACAACAAAAAGAUAUUAAACCUGUUAUUAACGAUAAUCUAUAA